GAAAUCGUGGCGGCCGAGGGGCGUGGCCGAGCGAUUGGUACGGCCUGAGUCCUGCGUGCUCUGCGCGCUGCGAGCUCUUUGCGUCUGCGUAGAGCGCCCACCUCCCUUUCUGCCUCCGCUGCCGCCAUGGCGCCCGUGAAAAAGCUUGUGGCGAAGGGGGGCAAAAAAAAGAAGCAAGUUCUGAAGUUUACUCUGGACUGCACCCACCCUGUAGAAGACGGAAUCAUGGAUGCUGCCAAUUUCGAGCAGUUUCUUCAAGAGAGGAUUAAAGUGAAUGGAAAAGCCGGGAAUCUCGGUGGAGGGGUUGUAACCAUCGAACGGAGCAAGAGCAAGAUUACGGUCACUUCUGAGGUGCCUUUUUCCAAAAGGUAUUUGAAAUAUCUCACCAAAAAAUAUUUGAAGAAGAAUAAUCUACGUGAUUGGUUGCGCGUAGUUGCUAACAGCAAAGAGAGUUACGAAUUGCGUUACUUCCAGAUAAACCAAGAUGAGGAAGAGGAGGAAGAUGAGGAUUAAAACUCCUUUAUCUGAAAUAUUUUGUAUAACUUCUUCAAUAAAACUUGGGAACCAAAA